UCUUAAUUCAGCCAUCUUCAUUCCUUCUUUCUUUCUUUCUUCUUCUUGCAUGGACCUUCAACUAGGCCUCUCUCUCUCCACCCCCUUUGAUUCCGAUCAUGAUCUUUUCACUUCAUUCUCAGUGUCUCAUAAGAAACGCAGUUUCAGUGAUCUCCUUCACCAUGACUGUCUCAGAGACAGAGACGGCGACGGCGACGUCUUGCUUCCCACUCUGCCUCUCCUUCCCUUAACACCUUCCCACGAAGCUGACCUUGACGACGAAGACCUCCGUAACAGCUGCUCCAUCGUCACCAAACAUGAUGGGGAUGAUGGUGGAGAAUCUUCUGCAGCAGUCGGGUGGCCGCCAUUGAUGUCGCAGAGGAAGAAGGUUCGGGUUGAAGAAGAUGGCAUGGCGGAAAUUCGUCAAUACGUUAAAGUGAAGAUGGAGGGAGAAGGAAUUGGACGAAAGGUUGAUCUUAGCCUGCAUCAUUCUUUUCAGAAGCUGAAGGAAACCUUGAUGGCCAUGUUUGGAAAAUGUCAUCAAAAUUCAGAGUGCUAUGAGUUAGCUUAUCAGGACAAAGAAGGUGACUGGUUGCUCGCCGAGGAUCUGCCAUGGAAAGACUUCCUCCAGUGUGCUCAACGCCUCACAUUGCUCAAGAGAACAAGUUAAUUUCAACAAACGCUAACCCUUGACAUUUACUAUAUACUACUUCCGGUCCAAAUUAUAAGAGCUAGUUGACUAAUUU